AUGCGCCCCUCACCGGCAUUGUUGACGAUGAUGUUCGGCACCAUAUUCGGUGUGUUCGGAGCCUCGCUUAGCAAAUCCUUGGUAAACCAAGCGCCCGACGAGUGCCGGUGGGACGGUUACACCGAGGACGAUUUGACACUACUGUGCCGGUUAAGGACUAUCAAUAGUGAGCUGGAAAACACCAACUUCAGUGUGUUGCAUCCCGAGAAUACCGUCCGGCUGCGGUUACAAUGCAACGACGGGCUGUUUUUUCAAAGCAGUUUAAGUCCGGGCAGCUUCAAACAGCUCACCAAGCUGCAUUCGCUGUCGAUCGAGUAUUGCAAAAUUGCUAACCUAAGCGAAGGUUCCUUCCAAGGGUUGAAACAGCUCACCAACCUGACGCUGCGGACGCACAACACCGACUGGUCAUCGAUAAGCCUGGACAUUGCGCCGCAAGUGUUUAACAGUGAGCUUUCGAAGCUGCAACGGCUGGAUCUUAGCCAGAACAACAUGUGGAGUGUGCCGGAUGGAUUUAUCUGUCCGCUGCCGCGGCUAACCAAUCUUAACCUCACUCACAAUCGGUUGCGUGACCUGUCCGUGUUCCAUUUCAGCGCGUCGUUGAGUACGCGGCUGUCGAAAAAGUGUGGCAGCUCCAUCGUUACCCUCGAUUUGUCCCACAACACCAUCGACAAUCUGCCGCCUGCCAUAUUUUCCGGCCUGGGCAAGCUAACCGAUCUACGGCUGCAGAGCAACGGUCUCAACUAUAUCGCCGAUCGUGCAUUCGAAGGGCUGGUGUCCUUGUCACGGUUAGAAAUUUCACUCAACCGGCUCACCAACCUGCCACCGGAGCUGUUUUCCGAGGCGAAACACAUCAAAGAGAUCUACCUGCAGAACAACAGUCUGAACGUACUAGCUCCGGGUAUUUUCAGCGACCUAAAGCAGCUUCUUGUGCUGGACCUGUCGAACAACGAGCUCACAUCGGAGUGGAUCAAUCCCGCCACAUUUCGUGGGUUGGUCAAGCUGAUUCUUCUCGAUCUGUCGAACAACAAAAUUUCCAAGCUCGAGCCCACUAUCUUUCGCGAUCUGACCAGCUUGCAGGUGUUGCGAAUGCAGGAGAACUUCAUCGAAAGCAUAGCCGAAAACACAUUCCUGGGACUAGCGGCGUUGCACACGGUUAUUCUGUCGAACAAUCGUUUGUCCACGAUCGAUCAUUUUACCUUCGGUGGGUUGAAAAGCUUAACGCUGCUUUCGUUGGAUUAUAACCGCAUAUCUCGCAUCGAUCGUCAGGCAUUGCGCAAUCACUCCACAUUGCAGGAGCUGCAUUUGAACGGGAACAAGUUGCUACAGGUUCCGGAUGCAUUGUACGAUGUGCCAUUGCUGCGUACGCUCGAUCUCGGAGAAAAUCACAUUUCGAGCAUCGAUAACGCCAGCUUCCGACACAUGGCCCAUCUGUACGGUUUGCGGCUGACGGAAAACAAUAUCGAAAUCAUACGGCGCGGAACUUUCGAAGCGAUGAAGUCACUGCACAUCCUAAAUCUAUCGCAAAACCGGCUAAAAAUGGUCGAACAAUCGUCCUUCGAUAACAACACAAAGCUGCAAGCGAUUCGGCUGGACGGGAACUACCUGACGGACAUUGCCGGUCUGUUCACCAAGCUGCCCAACCUGCUUUGGCUCAACAUCAGCGACAACCAUCUGGAGGUGUUUGAUUACGCGCUCAUACCCACCGGUCUGCAGUGGUUAGAUAUUCACGCGAACAAAAUCACCGAACUUGGUAACUACUUCGAGAUUGAGUCGCAGCUAGCGCUGAGCACUAUUGACGCCAGCUCGAACCAGCUAACCGAGAUCACCGGAAGUGCGAUACCGAACAGUGUGGAGCUGCUGUACCUCAACGACAACCUUAUCUCCAAGGUGCAAUCGUACACGUUCUUCAAGAAGCCCAACCUGACCCGGGUGGAUCUAUUCGGCAACAAGAUCACCACACUCGAUCCGAACGCGCUGCGCAUCUCGGCCGUGCCCGAUGACCGUCCCCUGCCGGAGUUCUACAUCGGUGGCAAUCCCUACCAGUGCGAUUGCAAUCUGAACUGGCUGCAAAAAAGUAACAUCGAUUCGCGGACACAGCCCCGGUUAAUGGAUCUCGAUAGCAUCUACUGUAAGCUGCUGUACAACCGGGGCCGAACGUACGUGCCGCUCGUCGAAGCGAUGCCAAAUCAAUUUCUCUGCAAGUAUGACACACACUGCUUCGCCCUCUGUCACUGUUGUGACUUUUACGCCUGCGACUGCAAGAUGGAGUGUCCCAAGCAGUGCACCUGCUACCACGACCAGAGCUGGAGCUCGAACGUGGUCGAUUGCUCGCGGGCUGGCUACGAUGAUCGACUGCCAGAUCAGAUCCCGAUGGAUUCGACACAGAUUUAUCUUGAUGGAAACAAUUUCCGGUCGCUCAGCAGUCACGCGUUUCUGGGCCGCAAACGGCUGAAGAUCCUCUUCCUCAACGGCUCGAACGUGGAGACGGUGAGCAACCGUACGUUUUACGGGCUGAAGGAGCUCGAAAUUUUACAGCUCGAUCACAAUCUGCUCACCGCGCUGAAUGGGUUCGAGUUCGAGGGGCUCGAUAAUCUGAAGGAGCUGUUCCUGCAGUACAAUCGCAUCACGCUGAUCGCAAAUCACACGUUCGAUCAUUUGCACGGUCUGAAGAUCCUGCGACUAGAUCACAAUCGCAUCGUCGAGUUUAACGUGUGGCAUUUGCCGAAGCAGCUGAACGAUAUCCGGCUAGCGUUUAAUCCCUGGUCCUGCGAAUGUGAUUACGUGACGCGGUUCCAGGAGUAUCUCAAGACGUACGAGUUUGUUCGCGAUCGGCACAAGAUAAGAUGUGCAUCGUACGUAUCGAGCAAUGCAACGGUCGGUGUGCACAAUAGCACAUCCCAUGCUGCCGGUGGCAACGCUCCCGCUGCCGAAGAUGCGCUACCCGAUGCCAGUACCGGUGACUUCCUGGUGUAUUACGAUAACAGUUCCACGCUGUGUACCGGCGCAAUCCCGCUCGAAAAUGUGAUCAACGGAAACUUGACCUCGCGAAAAACGAUUCUCUCGCCGCAACCGAUCGAGGGCUACAUUCCGUUACUGGUAACCGGUCUUUUCGGGUUUUCUUUGGUGAUCAUUCUGACGCUGGUGCUGUUCGUGUUCCGGCAGGAAAUGCGCGUCUGGUUUCAUUCCAAGUUCGGUGUGCGCCUCUUCUACCGGAAUGCUGAUAUCGACAAAAACGAACGCGACAAGCUGUUCGAUGCGUUCAUAUCGUACAGCUCGAAGGAUGAGGCGUUUGUCGCGGAAGAGCUGGCACCGAUGCUGGAGAACGAGGACCCGUCCUAUAAAUUGUGCCUUCACUAUCGCGAUUUUCCCGUCGGUGCGUACAUUGCCGAUAACAUCCUGCAGGCGGUCGAAUCGUCCCGGCGCACGAUUAUGGUACUUUCCGAGAACUUUAUCAAAUCCGAAUGGUGUCGGUUCGAGUUCAAGUCGGCCCACCAUCAGGUGUUGCGGGACCGGCGUCGGCGGUUGAUUGUUAUUUUGCUCGGUGAGGUACCACAGAAGGAUCUCGAUCCGGACAUUCGACUGUAUCUGAAGACCAACACGUACCUACAGUGGGGUGACAAACUGUUCUGGGAAAAGCUCCGGUUCGCGCUACCCGAUGUCCCCAACAACCAACGAAGACAGCAUCAGCAGAAUAUCUCACUGACACAUUCAAAUGUUCGCAACAGCUAUCAACUUACCCGGGUUGCUCCAAGUAACCGCACCAAUAAUCAACUCGCUGCCCAGCAUCCGGACUCUCGAUCGCAAGCACGCUCUCCUGAGUACCAUUCUACCGCAGCGCAACCACUGCCGGCUCACGGUACGGAAAUGCAGCAAGCGCAACAACUUCACGGUAGCCAACAGCAGCAGCAGCAGCAACAGCAUCAACCGCAGUCCACACAAGCGCAAUUACGAGCUUCUGCUCCGCUGAACACAUCACCCAGAACAGUUGGCAUCCACAUCUAA